UCAUUACCACCAUCGGACCACCCUCAACAGCAACCUAUGGAUGAUGUACACUAUCCAAGAAGAGCAUUACCUUCAUCAGAUCACCGUCAACAGCAUGUUCGCUAUACAGAUACUGUACAUCAAUUCUCUCAAACACACGGAGAAGGCAGCAGCAGUCAGAGCAGACCUUACAAGAGACAAGCUCCUUCUUCUCAGUCAAGAGCCCCACAGGAUGAUCCUGAAAUUCCAGAGAAGCGAUCAAAGAAUAAUCUGGAAUCAGAUGGAAAACUUGACAAACUAUCAAAACACAUGCCUCCUGGGACUUACACAAGGCUAUGCACACUACUUGGCAUCGGAUACAACGAAGCCAUCGGCUUCCUAGCCAAGUUUAACAUGGACUACCAGAGAGCUAUGAGGGAUUGCUUGGCACAGUGGAAGACAAGAACUGGUGGUAAUAUGGACGAGCUUGAGAAAUUCCUACAGGAUGCAGAGGUUGCAGAUUUAGUGAAGUAUAUCAAGUAAUCAUGUGAAGCUUCCAACUGUUCAAUGUCAACUCUUAAAGGUAUUGCAAAG